UUAAAAAAUAUUCAGCUUCAUUCUUAUUUCAUUUCUUCCUCACUCUCUGUAUUAUCUAAACUAAAACAACAACAGCAGGAGUACGUAGUGGUGUUCGUUAAUGGCGGAAGAAGGGGAGCCUGCAGUAGUUUCAAAUAAUAACAAUUCGUCCUUGUCAUUAUCAUUAUCCCCUUCUCUUGAUCAUCAUCAUUACCAUAACCACCAACAAAUUCAUCAUCAAAGAUCUAAUAAUAAUUAUAACAAAGAUUUGGAUUCUCUCAUCUCUUCUUGCUACUCCAUCACUCUCAAGUUCAUUGAUGUUUGUUACGGUGUAAAGCAAGAGAACAAGAGAAGUUGUAUAACGAGUAUAUUUAGUGGUGGUGGUGAUCAAAAAUCAAGCGAUCAUCAUCGUCAUGAUAGAAUGAUCUUAAAUGGGGUUACAGGAAUGGUAUCACCAGGAGAAAUCUUAGCUGUUCUUGGUCCAUCAGGAAGUGGGAAAUCAACGUUUCUAAAUGCAGUAGCAGGGAGAUUAGGCAAGAACGCGUACACUGGAUCAAUUCUUGCUAAUGGUAGAAAACUAAACAAAGCCAUCUUAAGAAAAACAGGAUUUGUAACACAAGAUGAUGUUCUUUACCCACAUCUAACAGUGAAAGAAACACUAGUAUUCUGUUCAUUACUGAGAUUACCAAAUUCAUUAACCAAGAAGGAGAAAACAAUUGUGGCAGAAUCAGUAAUUAGUGAACUGGGUUUGGGUAAAUGUGAGAAUACAAUCAUAGGUAACAGUUUUAUAAGAGGUGUAUCAGGAGGAGAAAGGAAAAGAGUUAGUAUUGGACAUGAGAUGUUGAUAAACCCUAGUUUAUUACUGUUAGAUGAACCCACAUCUGGACUUGAUUCAACUGCUGCACAUAGAUUGGUACUGACUUUAGGUUCAUUGGCUUCAAAGGGUAAGACUAUCAUUACUUCGAUGCAUCAACCAAGCAGCAGAAUUUAUCAAAUGUUUCAUUCGGUACUUGUUCUUUGUGAGGGAAGGUGUAUUUAUUUCGGGAAAGGUUCAAAUGCUAUGGAUUAUUUUUCUUCGAUUGGAUUCUCUCCUUCUUUUCAGAUGAAUCCAGCUGAUUUCCUUCUUGAUCUUGCUAAUGGAGUAUGCCAGCAUGAUGCUCAAACUGAAGGGGACAAACCGAACGUGAAACAAACCCUUGUAACCUCGUACAACAGUUUGUUAGCUCCAAUAGUGAGAGCCUCGUGUAUGGAAUCUACAACCAGCAACAUAGUCAUGGGAAGUCCGAAAUUUCCACAAGAUACCAAGAAAAGAAUAAACAGGACAAGAUAUAACAGCAAUGCCAAUUGGUUCAACCAAUUUAUGAUUCUCCUUCAAAGGAGCUUAAAGGAAAGACGAUAUGAGUCAUUCAAUUCGCUAAGGGUUUUUCAGGUGAUUGCCGCGUCCAUAUUAGCUGGUUCAAUGUGGUUCCAUUCGAAUAUCUAUGAUGUACAAGAUCGGUUGGGUUUACUCUACUUCAUUGUUAUCUUCUGGGGUGUUCUUCCUUCCUUUAAUGCAGUUUUUGCGUUUCCUCAAGACCGUGCAAUCUUCAUUAAGGAACGUUCAUCAGGAAUGUACACUCUUUCAUCGUACUUCAUGGCUCGAAUUGUGGGUGAUCUUCCUAUGGAGCUUAUUCUCCCUACUGUAUUCGUAAGUGCAACGUAUUGGAUGGCGGGGUUGAGGCCCGACUUUUGUUCCUUUCUGUUAACCUUAGGAGUGUUAUUAGGGUAUGUAAUGGUGGCUCAAGGACUUGGACUUGCAUUAGGUGCAGCAAUAAUGGAUGCCAAACAAGCUUCAACAAUUGUCACGGUGACAAUGUUGGCCUUUGUUCUUACAGGUGGAUUUUAUGUUCAUAAGAUUCCGGGUUGUUUAGCUUGGCUCAAGUACACAUCCUUUACUUACUAUGGUUAUCGACUAUUAAUCGACAUUCAAUAUGGAGAGAGCAGUGGAGUUUCAUCGAUCUUGGAUUGCUCUCACCAUAACAGCAUGAAAGCUAACUGUAAGCAAAUUAUGGAAGACGAAGUUCGUCCAUUGGUGAGUUUGAGUGCAAUGGUGUUUAUGUUUGUCGGUUACCGUCUGCUAGCUUAUGCAGCUUUGAGACGCAUUAAGGCUUAGACUUCGUUGAUGCAUUUAAGUUGGGUAUUUUUGAAGGUAGCUGCGAUGGUAGUAUAUGUUGCCUUCUUCAUAAAGAUAGAUCUCUAAAUUUCAGUAGGAUGAAAUGAGAUUGACGAGACGACAAAUUAAUGAUAUCAUUAAUUGCUGGAAGUUAUUUGUUGAUUUUGAUUUUGUCUCAACAUAAAUGUUGUACUAACUUGUAGAUGUAUGGAAUAUUUGAUUAUUGGCUCCAUCAAAGGGUGAAGUCAUAGAUCUGUUAAGGGCAAGUCUUGUGGCAUGGAUAUAUAUACAUCAAUAUCGAG